AUGCUGGGGCAGGGGCCCAGCCUCAUGGAGAACAGCCGCACGAAUUGCACGUACGAGCUGUCGGAGCCGGUCGAGCCCUCCGAGAAGUUGGACGUGUUCAUGUCGCACACGUGGACGUCAGACAGGUUCCUCAAGUACGUGGCAAUCCUCUACCACUUCAACGGGCACUUCUCCCAUGUGGCCGCCCACUUCGCGGCUCUGGCGACUUUCUUGGUGCUGCUCACUGUGAAGGUGUUCACUCCGUGGGGGGUCUACAUGCCCGUCUUCCACCUGCCCUUCCCUGGCAAUCCCACUGAGUACCCCGAGGGCAUGCCGCUGUGCGGCCCCGUCUUUUUCGUUGGGUGCGUCACGCAGAUCACGACGUUCGCGUUCGGGCACGUGCUCUUCAAGACCAGAAGCGUCUACCAGCAAAUGAUAUUCUUAGAUAAGUGCUGCAUUCACCAGACGGAUCCAGAGUUGAAGAGAAGAGGCAUUGAUUACAUGGGGAACUUCGUGACCCAAAGCAAAACAAUGUUCAUCCCGUUCGACAACGCACGGUGGCGGAUUUCGAACGGUUGUGGUGCAAUUACGAGCUCGCCGCUUUUCUUCGUCACAAGAAAAGUGAAGUUGUUGACUCUCUCAACUUCAUGCCGAUUCAGGUUGCAGUAUUUGUCACUAUCCACAUUGUUCUGUGCUUCGUUGGCAUCACUGGCUUCCUCGUCAUGUUGGCGAUCAACGACUUUAUUUACAAAUUCUGGUAUCCGCAAAGUUGGCUCGAGUACUUCGCCAUCUGGGGAACUGGAGGCACGCUGA